AUUCAAAAUCCGAGAGGAUCGAAGCCACAUUCAUCUCUUGUCACGUUAAAUUUGUCGGUGCUUCCCAAAAAGGAAAGAUCCAUUUCAAUAAUUCAUGCUAAUCAGGCGUACGACUCGAUGAAGUUUAUCUUCUGUGUUACUGUUCCAAUUGAGAUUAUCGUAUUAAAUACGCGAUGCGAAGUACUGCCUUGCGAUCUUCAUUAUUGCUUCUGUUGGUGUCUUUCUUCGCCAUUUCGAUAUCUGCUGCCAUGGCUGAGGCUGAUGAAACUUCUGCCACCGCUUCCACGGUCUCGUCCUCUGCGUCAUCGCGGCCCGCAGUUCACAUCGUCUACACCGAAACGCCAACGGAUGAGGAACCCGAGCACUUCCACAUCCGAACCCUAGCCUCUGUCCUCGGCAGUGAGGAGGCGGCGAAGGAUGCGCUUAUUUACAGCUACAAGUCGGCUGCUCGUGGAUUCUCUGCAAAGCUCACUCCCGACCAGGUUUCUCGAAUUUCCCAACAACCAGGUGUUCUACAGGUUGUACCAGACAGCCAACUCGAGUUGCACCGUUAGAGAACCGUAGAGAGAAGUGGGGUGAAGAUGGCAUAAUAACCAGUAGCGUUACAGGCCAGGCGGUAAUCGUGGUCCAUCAGCCAAUUGCCAAUCGACACGUGGAUUUUGGGUUAGUGGCCAAAUUUCGCUUUCGGUAUUUAAUGUCACAAACAAUUACUCGGGAUUUCUUUUAGUUUAACUGAUUGAUAAAAAUGUUGUACCUAAAAAAAACUGAGAGACAAAAAUGUCGAUUGGGUGUAAAGAAUUAAAUAUUAGA